UCCCAAAACUGAUGUUGUGCUGUAGUAUAUGGAGGAUGUAGGAUUAAUCUUUCAUCACUGUUGUCUGACUACACAUUUACAUCUUAUCAUAAGCCAUUUUAUCAAGCUUUUAUUAUAGUGUAAUCUAACAGGAACGUAAAACGUUUUAUACCGUUUACUUCUUCAGGCAGCGUUUAAUCUGUAUUUUCACUUUGUUAUCAAGGUCAUGUGUAAUAGCCUGGUUUGUUCAGUAAAGGAUUUCCAUGAACUUUAGGCCGACCUGAUGAUCAAGGCGUGACCCAUUGCAAUCCAUUUACUUCCUCGGUGGUUAACUGUAAACCAGACUCCUCCCUGAACCACAGGGGAUAUAAAGUGGAACUUUUUGAUAAAUGCUGAACUUCAGAAGAGCCGAGAUACCACUACAUGUUACUGGAGCAAAAUGACUGAAAGACAAAGACGUGAAGAUGAAGAUUCUAAUAUAAUUUACUCCAAGAGGCUACGGAGUGAACGACCCCCCAUUGAUUUCAAUGUUUCAAGUGAGUUAAAUCGGAAGUUAUUGGAUGGAGAAACAUGGAAAAUCCAAAGGAAAGAUUUCAAAAAACCAAGUGUGCAACUUGCAUCAGCUAACAUUGACAUACUUGAUACCGUAAACAUAAUUGACACGUAUGACAGACCGAAAAACACCAAAAAAGAAGGCCGCUAUGCUGGAUCUAGAAGAUAUGUAGAUGGUUUUGAAGACAAACCAGGAAAGAGACUUCCCAAAUUUGGAGCUCAAGCAGAAGCAGGAGUAGGUCGUGCCCGAGCUGAACUCAGUGUGUUAGAGGCAGAAGCCAAGGGUCCCAACGCCAUGGCUGGUGUUGAAGGAAGUGUGCUUGGAAUUGGAGCGAUGGCUCGGGCUGAGAUUGGCAGCACAUCAGCCAAAGCUGGCCCACUUGGUGUUAAGCUGGGUCUUGGAGUCGACACUGGUGCAUCUUUUGGUGUGCGUGGGUUGGAGGCAAAAUUCCUAGGAACUGGAAUCUCAGUUGGUCCAAAAACCAGUGUAUCUCUUUUGGGUUCAGAAGUUACAUGUUCAGUCAUGUAGACAUAUUGAUUAUCUCUGAAUGCUUUUACGUUGGCACAACAGCUGGCCACGUAUUUAAUUGUCCAAUCUUGCAGUUGUCAAUAUUAGCAUCUGGUCAAUAAUUCUUCUCAAUGAUUUUAAUGCUUUCUCACAGUUAUGUGUAUAAUUGGACUCUAAGCAUCAUUACUGUCUAAAUAAUACUUGUAUACCAACAUUUGUUCACUGACAGCACAACAGUGUAAAUGCAAAGCAGGAAAUUAGAUUUAUGAAUAAACGCAUCUGUAUGUAAUAAUUCA